AUGGCUACCUAUCGUGUCUUCUCCAAAAAAAUACUUGAUAAAGUCAGUCGUAUAAAGCUUACUGAAGCUGAUGUGAAACCACAACUUGUAUACAAUCACUAUAAAGAAAAGGCCUUUUGGCGACCGGGCCGUCUGUCAUUACGUCGUCAAAACGAUUUACGUAAAGCGUGCAUUCAACAGGGCAUCCAACCUGAAUCGAUCGGAUUGCCUGCUGUCAAGGAACAUAAACCAUUAAGAUAUAAACCCAACAAAUUAGAAAAGCAUGAGCGUAUGCGUGCAGAAAGAGAAGAGACGAUCAGAAAGAAUAUGGAGAAUAUGCCAAAGACCAUUCAAGCAUGGAAAGAGGACAAAAUGAAAGAAGAGGCAAAGUUAAAGAAAUCAAUGCCUUUUUAG